AUGGCCGACGACGCCACUACCUCCACUGAGGAAGGGCAGGUCACCUUCAACGUCAAGGCCGCAAACGACCAGAAGCACGUCCUGACGCUGCCCGCCACUACUACAGUCGCCGAUCUGAAGACCAAGCUGUCGACGCCCGAGUAUGCAGACAUUCCCGCCGAGCGCCAACGUCUGAUAUACUCGGGCCGCGUCCUUAAAGACCCGGAUACACUGGGUGGCGUGGAGGUCAAGGACGGCCACACAAUCCACCUGGUCAAGGGCGCUGCCAGCAACGCGCGACAAAACCCCGCAAAUCAAGGCACAGCAAGCACAGCCGGCGGCGCCGGCACACCGACACCGCAGGUCCCAACAAACAUCGCUGCAGGCACAGGGAACAAUCCUCUCGCCGGGCUGACGGGUGCGCGCUAUGCGGGUUUCCACGGCCUGCCCUCAAUGGACAUGUUCGGCGCUGACGGAGGGAUGGGUCCGCCGCCCAACCCCGACGCCAUGCUUGAGAUGAUGGACAACCCCAUGUUCUUGUCACAGAUGAACGAAGCCAUGAACAACCCUGCCGUUGUCGACAUGAUGCUGCAAAGCCCCAUGAUUCGUGAUAACCCCAUGCUCCAACAGAUGCUCCGCAAUCCCGACAUGCGUCGGAUGAUGUUCAGCCCUGACAUGAUGCGCAUGCAGCUCCAGAUGCAGCGCAGCAUGAACGGAGACGGGAACGGCGGCGCCAUGGCAGCUCCAGGCGCCACAGACAACACACCACAGCCAGGCUCCACCACAGCACGCGACGGCGCAACUGCCACCCCAGCUCCACAAAACGCUGCAGGUGCGGCGAAUCCUUUCGCAGCAUUCGGUGGCGCCGGUGCUGGCACUAAUGCGAACCCGUUUGCGAGCCUGUUUGCUGGAGGCGCAAACCCGUUCGCUCCACAGACACAAGGUCAGGGUAACCCCACCCCUGGCACCGACGCGACCCAGAACAGCCAGAAUACUCCCGCGAACCCCAACCCCUUUGGUAACCUAUUUGGUGGAGCUGAGGGUGGGCAGCCCAACCCAAUCGCAGACGCCGCGCGCAACAUCAUGCAAAACCCGCAGGCAAUGCAGCAGAUGAUGCAGAUGAUGGGUGGCGGCGCAGCAGGUGGUGGAGCUGGAGCAGGCGCCAAUCCAUUCGGUGCUUUCGGUCAGAACCCGCCAGCGGGCGCCGCGGGUGGAGAUGCUGGUUCUCAGCAGGCCAACCCCUUCGCAGCUCUCUUUGGGAACGGUGGCGGAUUUGGUGGCGGCUUCGGCGGACCACCUCCACCUGCAGACAACCGGCCCCCGGAGGAGGUGUACGAGUCGCAGCUGAGACAGCUCAACGAGAUGGGUUUCUACGAAUUCGACCGCAACGUCUCGGCGCUGCGCCGGAGCGGAGGCAACGUGCAGGGUGCUAUCGAAUAUCUACUUAACGGUGGAUCGUAG